GGGUCUUUCGCGCUGCCUCGCUGGCAGGCUCCUCAUAACAGUGUCUACUUUCUAACAUGGCAGAUCAAUUUGUGUUGUAUUAUCAUGUGACGGGGAAAAGCUCUCGUACAUAAGACGGUAUUUGUGUAAACUAUCAUAGAUUCUCCUCGCGGGGAGAACGUGUUGCCAGGUUAGAUUAACGUCGCGAUGGCGGACAUGAAAAGUCCACCGUUCAGUGACAUUAAACGGCCCGAGGAGGUGGUGGCGAUGGCGAUGAACGACAGCCUCAAAUUCGCCGUGCUGAUCGGGCUGAUCGAAGUGGGACAGGUGUCGAAUCGGGAAGUUGUCAACACCGUGCUUCACCUGGUCCUCGCGAACGGCGGAUCCGUUUCCCUUUACAAUGAGAAAAUUGCUGUUGAGUUGUCGUGCAAGCAUAACGGAGAGACAGGCGAAAUGCGCGACGCACUUGGUUGAACGUCUGCGACUGGGACAGCGAUGACAUAACUGCGUCUUAACUCGAUAAAUUCAUCGCGGUUACAGUAACAGGUUGGAUGGCAUUCGCCGUUGUGCUCCGAUGAUGCACAGAUUACACAUGUGUAGUAGCUGGUGUGGCAUUAUCAAAUCGUGCUCGGGACAAUCUGGAGGUCAGCUCGCUUAUCAAGAUAAUAUCGUGGCCUAGAAAUCCGGGACGGAUUCCGAACGGAAACGUACUCCGUUAAUGAUAUGGAUUCCAGUGAUAUUGGAGCGUCUUCAGUGCUCGAUGAAAUGUAAUUACUUUUCGAUAGAUUGUCUGCUGGUGCUGGAGUGACACGGUCGGGUUAAAAGCAUCUGUUAACUUAACAAAAAUAUUGGAUGCCGUGUCUUCUAGUAUAGCGAUAAAAGUACUCGAGUGGCAACU